UAUCGCAUCUCAAAUAUCUCCUAAAUCCGAUAAAUGAUGCGAUGCUUGAUAUAAAAGGAAUUCCCGAUAUGGGGGAGCAUAGAUCGUUCGAAGAAACGGUGCCACUAAAAUGGAGAGACCUACUAUCUUCCUCUGCCUCUUUCUAGCUUGCAUUCUCCCGACAACGUUUGGCAAUGAUAUCAAACGAACUCAUGAAAACCUCGUUAAAACGAUCGAUACCGCUAUAGAAACUUUUCAGGAGAAAGUCAACCCGAUCCUUCGAGAUGUGCUUGAUGUCGCGAAUAAAAUGAAGCAAGAAGGCCAGGACCGCAUGGAAAGUCUUCGCAGCAAAAUGGAGGACGUACUGUCGAACCUAGACGAAGAUGUAAACGAGAUAAUGAAAAGGAUCGUAAACGAAGUCGACGUCACCGAAUGCAAGAACAUGGUACAACGAAUUAAGGAGAUCGGCUUGACGAUUUUAGUCAACGCCGGCCAUUGCGUCGUCGACAAGAUCGACCAGGCUAGCGGAUACAUCAGGAAUAUCAAUACGACCUCGCACGAGGUCGUCAAGUCUCUUCUUAAAAUCAACGAGGAAGGCACCGAGUGCACGAAGAACUCGAGACACUUGCUGAGCAGUCUCGCCUGUUUGAACUUGGCCAUGACGCGCGCUACCAUAGCCAUAUCUACAAAGCUCCCAAUUGCGAUAGUGGACGUGACAAAGAUGGCAUCCCUCGUUAGCACGCUCUUCCCAUCUCUCGCCCUUUGCUCCGCCGCUAGCACCGUCGCUGUCUUUUCGAACGAAGCCACCGUCGUCGUGUCUUCGAUCGAAGCUUGCGUCAACGAGAGAGUGAGCGCAUAUUACGCGACCGUGCCCAACGGGUCCUACGUCCACGUUUAAAUCCACGUUGAAAGCAAUCCUUGGCUAACUACUCUCGAUAAUCUCGGUAACCUUAACCUUUUUCUUUUCUUUUCUUUUCUUUUUUCUUCUUUGCAUUUGUCGCGAAGACUCGCGAGUUUUAAUCUUUGUCAUUUUAUGCGACACAACGAUUUUUCUUUGCCCGAAACUCGAAGGAAGACGAUCUGUAUUACUGAAUCGUUCGACGUCGCGAUACGUUCGUCUCUUUAUUCAUUCGCUCGUUUAUACCACCGUCGUGAAUACCACCUCGACUAUUUUCCACCGACUCCUAUAUUGGCUUCAAAAAUCCCUUCUUGUGUUUUUAACACACGAUUUCGAUCUGACAACGUAAGAAUAAAACAAUGAAAACGUCUAUGUAACGGAGGCAGCAUAGAUCACUCCGUUCCCCAGAUGAUUCAGAAAUCAAUGAUCCGUUCGUAUUUCGUGCUAUUACUCAUAAACGAUGAGUAGUCGGAGUGAUAAUAAUUACAAUCGGAUUACUCAUCGAUUUACGACCAGCAAGAGCAUCGACGUUUAACGUUGUCAUCGAUAAAUCUGAGAAAGAAAGCGUAAACGAGAAGAAGUUCGAAAGUAAGAGCGUUGGAUCGUAAAACGCGACAAGUAAAUAGCGCUACGUAAUCGCGGAAAUAUGUCUAAGAAAUGGAAUAGAUACGUUCGAUAAACACCUUCACCUAUUGUAUUUUUUGUCGAGGCAAAAGAUUAUCUAGUUAAUAAUCAAUCGUCCGAUCGUAAGAACUUUAAGGGAAUCAACGAACUGUACCAUUGUAUAUUUUAAGUAGGCGUAACAAACUGUACCUAUUGCAAAUGAGACUUUAUCGUCAAGUUAUAAGACGUUCUCUUUUUAUCUCAAGUCUUCAUCGAGUCUUUCUUGUCGUCGAGGAAACGGAGCACUAAUAAGAUUAAUCUUUUUAACAGCCAUCCGUCAUCAAACAAUGAAACUUUAUUCCUUUCUUACGUAGCAUUAAAUGCAUGUACAUAUAUGUGCAUAUGUACACGCACAUAUAUACGUACGUAGAACAAAGCGUAGUCUUAUCUACCAACAUUAAUUAUGGACGAACCUUCGUCUACGAUAGUUUAAUUCCUACAAGCUAUUUACAGAUCGGCAAACGGUAUUAGGCGAUAACGCGAACUAUCCUACUCUCGUUUUUAACGUCUAACCCGUUUUAACCGAGCUAAUUUCUUGUGAAAUGUUGAAAAUCCCGAAAACAUCAACGAGCUUGAACGUUCGCCAAGUUUCCGCGACGGCGAGACGUUCUUCGACGAGCAAAUGCAGGUGAAUCAGCAUGAUGUAGUAGAAUCGUUACAGGACAACGUUCGUCGAGUUCGUUGACCCCGUGAGCAACGUCACACGCGUCGUCGAAGCGCCUGUUUACGAUCACGACUCCUUACACAGCUACCAUUCGACGAGGGAUGGUUGCCUACGACGAGGCGCUUCCGAACUUAACUCUUGCUCGAGUAUACUUUGUUGAUUAAUAACAACGUUCGAAUAUUCGAUCGAUCGUGUCGCUUUAACCAUAACGAAAGAGAAAGACUUUCAAAUAAAUCCAAUUUAUCUCUAACGCUGUGAAAAUUUCGAAAAGCGAAUUGCUUCAUUAUAAAUAAAUGAAUAAACAAAAGCAUAUGAACAUUCAA